AUGUCCUCGGCAGGCCGCAGAACGCACUACGAACCGCCAUGGGGCAACGCGAGUAUUAUUGGUGUAGCUGGCAGCUCGGGAUCUGGAAAAACAUCUCUGGCAAUGGCUAUCGUGGCGUCUCUGAACUUGCCAUGGGUUGUCAUCCUGUCUAUGGAUUCGUUCUACAAGCCCUUGACACCAGAGCAAUCUGCAGCGGCUUUCCGAAACGAGUUUGACUUCGAUUCGCCAGACGCUAUAGACUUCGAUAUCCUGGUCGAGCGCCUGAAAGACAUCAAGAACGGCAAAGUGGCUGAAGUUCCCAUAUACUCCUUCCAGAAGCACGCCCGCCUUUCCAAGACGACGACAAUCUACUCUCCCCACGUCAUAAUCCUGGAAGGCAUCUUCGCUCUGCAUGAUCAACGCGUGCUCGAUCUCUUGGAUCUCAAGAUUUUUGCCGAAGCCGAUGCCGACCUGUGUCUCUCGCGACGUCUCGUGCGGGAUGUGAAAGAACGUGGCCGAGACAUUGAAGGAUGCAUCAAACAAUGGUUCUCCUUUGUAAAGCCCAACUUCUACAAAUAUGUUGCCCCACAAAGGGAGAUUGCUGAUCUUAUCAUUCCAAGAGGUAUCGAGAACAAGGUCGCAAUCACCAUGGUGAGCAAUCAGGUUCGGCAGACGCUAGAGAGUAAGAGCAUACAACAUCAGACGGAGCUAAGACGACUGGGAAAGAUAGCGGAAGAUAGUCCUUUGAGUGGGAAUGCUAUCGUGCUGAAGCAGACGAAUCAGGUCAAGGGGAUGCAUACCCUGUUGCUGAACCCAAGCACACCGAAAGAGGACUUUGUGUUCUACUUUGACCGCAUGGUGGCGCUUUUGAUAGAAACCGCUGCGGAUUUCUUGCCUUUCACGCCGCAUGAGGUCACUACACCUCAGGACUACAAGUACCAGGGGCUAAAGAAGGUUGCAGAAGUUAGUGCUGUUGUGGUGCUACGUGGUGGAAGUGCAUUCGAAACGGGCCUUCGACGGACGAUUCCAGACUGCAGGACUGGCAGGGUUUUGAUCCAAACAAACUUCAGGACUGGGGAGCCAGAGCUGCACUACCGAGCCCUUCCUGCAAACAUUGCCGAGCAUGGGCUUGUCUUGGUUCUGGAUCCGCAGUUCUCUACAGGGGCGGCCGCACUGAUGGCAGUCAGGGUACUGGUCGACCAUGGCGUACCCGAGAGCAAGAUCGUCUUCGUGACGUACACAGCAGGUCGUGUCGGACUCAACAGGGUGUUGAGCGUAUUCCCGGACAUUAAGAUUGUGGUUGCAAGGCUGGGUAACGAUGAGGAGGCGCGAUGGAUCGAGACGAAGUAUCUGGGGUGCUGA